AUGGCGCCCCCAUCUACCCAGUUACCCAAACCAAAAUCCCGGCGUCGCCCGCAGUCACCUCCCUGGCGGCCUCGGGGGCCCAGCUCCGAGCCGGAGUCCCCGUCAGACCUAGGAGGCAGGAGUGGGCGGGGCUUGAGGCUUGCCCGCAAGGAGGGAGAGAAAGCUUCGGGGGCGGCCCCUGAGCCCUGGUUCAGGAUUGGGCAGCCCGGCCGGGAAGGGGCGGCCUUCCCUCCCGGAAGGGGCGGCCUUCCCUCCCGGAAGGGGCGUGGCUCUUCAGAGGCGGCAAAUUGCAAGGAGACGCCGCCGCCUUCAUGCUGCCGGCGGACUGCUCGCGCCGGCUGGUGGCCGAGCUGCAGGGAGCCCUGGACGCCUGCGCACAGCGACAAUUGCAAUUGGAGCAGAGCCUGCGCGUUUGCCGUCGGCUGCUGCAUGCCUGGUACGCGGACCCCGGGACCCACUGGCCAGACCUCCCUCGGGCCCUCAGAGUCCCGCCCCGAGCGCCCAGGGCUGGGAGACCGGGCGCAGCCGCCCACUUCGGAGCUGGAACCAACUGGGACCCGGGCUUUGAAGCCACCUCCAGGGCCAGAAACUAAUGAAGAGGACCCCCUUCCAGCAUGCACACCUAGUCCACAAGACCUCAAAGAGUUGGAGUUUCUGACCCAGGCACUGGAGAAGGCUGUACGAGUUCGAAGAGGCAUCACUAAGGCUGGAGAAAGAGACAAGGCCCCCAGCCUGAAAUCUAGGCCCAUUGUCACCUCUUCUGGCACGACAGUCUCCGCCCCACCCCAUUCCCCAGGCCAAGCUGGUGGCCAUGCUUCAGACAGGAGACCCACCAAGGGCCUCUGCCAGACCACGGUGCCUGCCAAGGGCCACCCUGAGCGCCGGCUGCUGUCAGUGGGGGAUAGGACCCGUGUUGGGAUGGGAGCCCGAACCCCCAGGCCUGGGGCGGGCCUCAGGGACCAGCAAAUGGCCCCAUCCGCUGCUCCUCAGGCCCCAGAAGCCUUCACACUCAAGGAGAAGGGGCACCUGCUGCGGCUGCCUGCGGCAUUCAGGAAAGCAGCUUCCCAGAACUCGAGCCUGUGGGCCCAGCUCAGUUCCACACAGACCAGUGAUUCCACGGAUGCCGCCGCUGCCAAAACCCAGUUCCUCCAGAACAUGCAGACAGCUUCAGGCGGACCCCAGCCCAGGCUCAGUGCUGUGGAGGUGGAGGCGGAGGCGGGGCGCCUGCGGAAGGCCUGCUCACUGCUGAGACUGCGCAUGAGGGAGGAGCUCUCGGCAGCCCCCAUGGACUGGAUGCAGGAGUACCGCUGCCUGCUCACGCUGGAGGGGCUGCAGGCCAUGGUGGGCCAGUGUCUGCACAGGCUGCAGGAACUGCGUGCAGCGGUGGCGGAACAGCCACCAAGACCGUGUCCUGUGGGGAGGCCCCCCGGAGCCUCGCCGUCCUGUGGGGGUAGAGCGGAGCCUGCAUGGAGCCCCCAGCUGCUUGUCUACUCCAGCACCCAGGAGCUGCAGACCCUGGCGGCCCUCAAGCUGCGAGUGGCUGUGCUGGACCAGCAGAUCCACUUGGAAAAGGUCCUGAUGGCUGAACUCCUCCCCCUGGUAAGCGCUGCACAGCCGCAGGGGCCGCCCUGGCUGGCCCUGUGCCGGGCUGUGCACAGCCUGCUCUGCGAGGGAGGAGCACGUGUCCUUACCAUCCUGCGGGACGAACCUGCAGUCUGAGCCUUUCCCAUGCUGCCCUUGGCCCUGUUCAGAUGGGGAUUGGGGGUGUCUUCCCUGGCACUGUGCUUGGGGACCCAGAGAUGCCUGUGCUUCCCUGGGAAACCUGGUGAACUGGACCAGGUGGCCUCACUGGCUCUUCUCAGGACAACUAAGCCUGCUGGUCAGGGCUGGCUUUCAGCCUUCCUAAGGCUCCUGGACUCCAGAGGCCAGCGGGGAGCCUUUCCUGGCUCCCUCUGUUUUCUCUCACUGUAGACCAAAGAGCCGCUUGUGUGAUAUUAAAGCCACUUUAGAAAGCA